AAUGCACAUGAAUGGAUGGCUGUUUCCAUCAACAUAAACGGGAGUUUGAAGGAAUUCGUAUUGCUGGGAUUCCCCGGGCUGGGAGAAGAGUACUACAAGGUUAUAUUUGCAGCAGCUCUGCUUGUUUAUGUGAUUGCUCUUUGUGGCAACCUCAUAUUACUUUCUAUUAUCACGUUUGAUAAAAGGCUCCAUAGCCCCAUGUAUUUUCUUGUAUGCAAUUUAUCGUUUGCUGAUAUUAUUUAUAUAUCAACAUCGCUCCCUAAAUUAAUGUCAAGAUACCUCCUGGACGACAAGGUCAUAUCAUAUAAUGGAUGCUUUACACAGAUGUACUUUUUUCUGUGUUUGUCGUCUCUGGAAUCAUAUAUUCUUGUUGCAAUGGCCUUUGAUCGUUUUUUAGCAAUCUGCCAACCUCUUAGGUACCCUACUUUAAUGAACGGUAGAAAUAGCAUUUUGCUUGCGGUGUUUGGCUGGACUUUAGGUUUCAUUACACCUAUAAAGUCUGUUUCAUUAACUCAAAGUAUGGAUUUCUGUGGGCCAAAUAAAAUUUAUCAUUGCAUUUGUGACUACAGUGCAGUAAUUAAACUUGCUUGUAAUGACAUUUCUGGGAUCAGUACACAGGGCCUUGUGACGGCGUUAUCGAUUAUCAUAAUCCCAUUUACUUUUAUUGUUUUCACGUAUAUAAACAUAGGUCUUGCAGUCGCUAAAAUUAAAAGUUCGGGGAGAGCUAAAGCUUUAUCUACGUGUGUUGCGCAUCUACUCGUUGUAGUGUUUUUUUACAGUUCAGCGACAUUUGUUUUUGUUUCUUAUAGAAUUCAAAACGUAUCUACAGAUGUCCGCAUUUUGGGUUCACUUCAGUAUGCGGUGAUGCCUCCUCUGCUAAACCCUUUUAUAUAUUCAUUUAGAAAUAAAGAUAUACGUGAAGCAAUUAAAAAGAAAUUUAAAGAUAAUAUGGUCGAAAAACAUCAAAUUGAUGUCAUGGCUAUACCGAGUUGUUAAGCAAUACAGUACAUCAUUUCAUCAGGACUAAGGUUUGAGCACAUCUGACUUGGAUAAUGUGGCGGUGACAUGCACCUUUUUGUUUUAUAAUUUCUCAAAGGGUAUAUGACAGAGUGAAUUGCCGCGGUUUAUUAUUUGGGAGAUUAAAAACAAUACGUGUGUUAAAUGUACCUCUUGCAUUAGCUAGUCUCAUUUUGCAGAAGAAUAGUUUCGUAAGUGAAUUUGAAUACAUUUUUUUUGCAAUCAUAUAAGAUAUAGUAGGUUUCUUAUUACGAUAUUCACUUAUUUUAAAUGGCUUUGGUCAGUGUCAGGUCCGGUCCUGUCGGAAACUCAAUGCUUCCGGUUGAGCUUCGCUAACAAAAAGCUAGUAGGCUACCUUGGAUUAUGUGGAUUCAGUAAAUAGCUGGUAAGGCGCUCUUAUUAAGGUAGAACAUAAAAUUACUACUACUACUACUAUUA